ACGAUGAUACAUGGUCUGGAAUGAACAAGCCGAAGCCCAAUGAUAGGACUACCGCGACUAAUGUAAAUAGCAGGAAGUCCUUAAAAACGGAUAAGGCUGGUGGGAGCGUUUGUUAUGAGGGUGCUACAGAGAGUCCUGUCCGCGCCACCGGCAAAAGCACUGCGGAGACUUCUCACUACUACCACAUCUGCGCCUUUCUCAAGUUACCAAUCAAUCGGAAGCUUCCAUUCUGAAAAUUUAGGAGAUCUAAUAGCACGAUCAGAAAUCGAAUAUAGACCCCCGCUUUUGCCGUUCGGCGAGUCUGUUACGCCGAGCGAUGAUUCUGAUUUUCUUUUAGAUCUCGACCAGUGGACAUUUCUGAAUCACGGGGCUUUCGGAGCUGCACUAACUGUUGGAUUUGAUCGUGCCGCUCAAUGGAGACGAUACUUGGAAGCUCAGCCAUUGCGUUACCACGAUCGAGACCUACUUCCCCAUUUGGCCUAUUCGUGUCGACGUCUUGCUUCCUUCGUCAACGCUGAUCCGCGCAAUUUAGCUUUGCUCCCGAACGUCACGUCAGGAUUCAACAGUUUGCUUGCCGGCUAUGUUCGAGAAGUAAAAGACGCUGCGCACAUCAUCGUAUGGGACACCAGUUACGGAAGUGUGAAGAAAAUGGCCAAACUCUAUGGCGGUAACAGAGUGACGGAGAUUCCAUUCCAAUCGAGAUAUCUGACCCAGCUAGCCGAUCCUUUAGAAAAUCCAUCUGUUGUUUUCCAGACUGCACUCGACGAUCAUUUACUGUUAAAUUCCAAAAAGUGGGAAGGAAAACAGCCUUUGCUGGUAUUAGACCACACGACUUCCAAUACAGCAUUGACCUUUCCGAUCGAAGAACUCGCCGCCCAUGCCAAAUCUAUCGUUCCGAAUCUUUUGGUCGCUGUCGACGGCGCACACGGUUUACUCGCGCAGAACUUGGAUAUUGCCCAAAUCCCAUCAGUAGACUUCUAUCUAUCGAACGGGCACAAAUGGCUCUCCGCACCUCGCGGUGUCGCCUUUUUACACGCCACGGGCGCGUUUCACGACACAAUUCUUCGUCAACCGGCAAUAGUGAGUCACGGUAUCGACGAGCCCGACCUUUUGAGUCGCUAUGUUUGGGAUGGCUGUAGAGACUAUGCCGCUGCGUUAUCACUCCCAUCGAUACUUGAAUUUUGGCAGGAGAGAGAGCCGUGGAUGGUACGGAAGAAUCUCAAAAUACAGUUACGACAAGGAAUCAAAAUUCUGGCUACCGAAUGGUACGGUAGCGAUUUCGGGGGCGAAGAAUCCUGGCCCGGUUGCGUUACGCUAGCUGAAUUCGAUUCUCCCGUGUUGUCACCGAUGGCCUUGGUGCAGUUGCCUGUUCCUGGGAAAACUUCGGGUGAUGCCAAGGCAGUCCAAGACUACCUAUACAAGCAACACAUCGAAGCGCCCAUCAAAUGCGUGAACGAGAGACUCUACGUUCGAAUUUCGUGUCAAAUGUAUAACACGAGCAAAGACUUCCAUGCUCUCGCUGCAUCGAUACAGACAUUGUCGAAGCUGACAGUGAAUGCCGGGUAUCUUUGAAAAAGAGAGACCCAACGGUGGGGUAUAAAUUGACAAUAAUGUUGUUGUCUAAAUGCACUUGCCCAC